UUCAUGAAGCCUGAACAAAAAGCAGCAGCUGAACAGACGUCAGACAGGAGGAGACAGUGAAACCUCAGCACAGCUUCACAGCUGAAGCCCUGAGUCUCAACAUGUCUCCACAUCCAGCUUCAGAGUUCUGACCCGAUGCAGGUCCAGUAGCUGCAUGGACUCGCUGCGUGGAGGUGAGGAGAGUCUGAUCUGGGACCUGCUGAUGGAGAAAGAGUCAGGUGGACGACAGCAGGUGGAGCAAAGUGAAGGAGACAACGUCAAAAUAAAAGCCUGGAACAAGGAAGUCAAACACAUGUUGGAAUGUUUACUUGUAAAACAGGAGAGCAUGAAUGAAUGAGGAAUCAUCAGUAAAACCUUCAGUCUGCAGUUAAUGAGACGAUCAGAGACAAACAUGGAGAUAAACAUCAACCAGGUUGAUGGUUUGGAGUCGUUCACCUCAGACACACGUUGAGCAGAGACGGGUUUUUGUUUCACUCUCCGUCACUGUGGGAGCAUAUGGGUACUAUAUCUUUGGUUCUGGAACUGAACUGGUCGUCACAGACGAGCCGGUGCUGAAGCCCGUGGUGAGCGUGUACCCAGCAGCGUCCAGAGGCCUGGAGGCGAGCGGCUCCCUGCUGUGCGUGGCCUCGCACAUGUUUCCUCCUCGAGUCCGCUUCUCCUGGAAGGUCCAGAAGGAGGACGGCUCCUGGGCCGAGCCGAGCCGACCCGAGGAAGAGCAGCUGGAGCUGGAGGAGUCGGGACGCAGCGCCUCCAUCCUGCUCCACGGGCCACAGAGCAGCACCGCUAAAUACCGCUGUGAGGUGCAGCACGAAGGGGGGGCGGCGGAGGCCCGCACGGCUCAAGAGGUUCCGGCUCCAGCGGCCUCGUGUCCUCCAGAGAGAGAAGCAGCAGCGCCGGCAGCUCUGCAGCCGACUGACGAGCUUCCCCUGGACCGGGACCGGGACCGGGACCGGGAGCAGAACCCAUUGGAGCAGCAGCGGGUCAAGCUGCUGUGCGUGUGCUCCACGGUGCUGAUAGUCAAGAGUCUGGUUUAUUGCUGUGGACUCUCUGUGCUGAGGAUCCUCAGGACCGAGCCUCACCUGCUCUGAGCUCCGUUCAGCACCUUUUUAUCGCUUUCACAUUUAUUAGUAUCAGUCCCAGAAUGUUUAGUUUGUUCAGUGACUGUGUUCCACAUCUCUUGUCUUUGUCUUUUCAAUUUAAAUAAAAGUCAGCGUUCCUGAAUAA